AUCCACCGCCGUUAGAUAUGGCUGCUGGGUCGAAUAUUUUCGACUUAACGUCCUUUAUCAAAGACCUUCUGGCUGGCGGUAUUGCCGCCGCCGUCUCCAAGACGGCAGUUGCGCCCAUCGAGAGGGUGAAGUUGCUGUUGCAGGUCCAAGCGUCAAGCAAGCAGAUCAGCGUCGAUCAACAGUACAAGGGAAUUAUUGACUGCGUGGUCCGGAUACCGAAAGAACAGGGAUUUAUCAGUUUUUGGCGUGGCAACUUGGCAAAUGUGAUUCGAUAUUUCCCAACUCAGGCAUUGAACUUUGCCUUCAAGGACAAGUACAAGCAAUUAUUUAUGGCAGGAAUUGACAAAGAGAAACAGUUUGGAAAAUGGUUCUUAGCAAAUUUAGCAUCUGGAGGAGCUGCGGGUGCCACAUCCCUCUGUUUUGUCUAUCCCUUGGAUUUUGCACGAACGCGCUUGGCUGCUGAUAUUGGCAAAGGUCCUGAAGAACGGCAGUUUACCGGUCUCUCUGAUUGCAUUGUAAAAGUUGCAAAGCGGGACGGACCCAGGGGACUUUAUCAAGGAUUUGGUGUUUCAGUGAAUGGCAUCAUUGUAUAUCGAGCUUCUUAUUUCGGGUGCUAUGACACAAUCAAGGGUGUGCUACCAGACCAGAAGAAUACUCCAGUCUACGUGUCAUUUCUCAUUGCUCAAGGUGUGACCUCGUUUUCUGGGAUACUGUCUUACCCUUUUGAUACUGUAAGAAGACGAAUGAUGAUGCAGAGCGGUGAAGCGAUGAGACAGUACACUGGAACAAUCGACUGUUUUAUGAAGAUCUUUAAGAAUGAAGGAAUAGGUGCUUUCUUCAGAGGAGCGUUUUCAAAUAUCUUACGUGGCACUGGUGGUGCUUUAGUGCUUGUGUUCUAUGAUGAAAUUAAGAAAUUGCUAAUAUUGCUGGAAGAGAAAAUAAUUUAAAGUUAAUUUCUUCAGAAUUCAAGUAUGUGAAUUCAGUGUUAUACAUUUGCUUGAAUGGAUUUUCCCUCAGGCAAUGUAUUUUAUAAUUAGAAAAAAAAAAUUUAGUCUUUUACUUGCUCUUUGAUUUAAUUAUUGGGGUAUUUCAGCGCUUGACCCUUAAAUAUGACCAUUCAGUUAAAGUUCCUAGUGCUGUAUGUUAUGAGUUAAUGAGAUAUGUACUUGCUGCUCUAGAUGACUAUAUUACAAAAUCCUGACUGGUCAUGAAAAUUCAUAGGUCAGGCAUUCUGCCCUUCUAAUUUAAAAAAAAAACGGUGUAUAUUGGAAAGAAUCUGGAAACGUGACUAAUUCUUUUCUUGUAUGUCCCAAUUGAUGUUUCCUUGCCUAUCAAAACAUUCUCUGCUUGUAUGCAGUUCUUAGCUUCGUUGACUGCUAUAUUUAGGAGAUUCUUCAGGUUCCAGUAGAACAUGCCUAAAUAUCUAGACCACCAGAUAAGUGGCCAGGAGUUUCCAAAGGUUAGAUAGUCGUCUCUGCAGCAUAAAUGUGAGUUCCAUGUUGGGCCCCUGCAGAAUCUCUAACACAGCUUAUUUUACAGGAAAUUAAAGAUUUCUGCUGGGCAGUUCCUCUUCAUCCUGAAUCUUCCAAAAGUAUAUUAUUUAACAUGCAUUUAAAUCAGAAUUCAGAGGGUUCUGCUGCAUGUAAGGUAAUAGUUACCCCAUAAAAAUUAGACAAUUAGAAACUCUGUCAACUAUUAAACUGAUGCCCCAACUUAACACACAAACCCAAACUACAUCUUCCCUUACUACCUCCUCAUCCUGACCCCACACUCUCCUUCCCCCUUAAAUGCAACACCACUCUCCACCCUGCAGAGACCCAGUAUUCCCCUUCCACUCAGGUACCUGACAACCCUUCUCACCCUGGAAUAUAACAUACCAUCUCUGCCCAACACCUGUCACCAUCCCUCCCUCCCCACUGGACUCCCACCACUGCCCCUGACUUAUCCUAAAUAUACUUCUAUACCUAACAUACUUACAUACCUUACAUAUUUAUCCUUUCACAGGUGCUGUUAAAGUGGCAGUAAAGAAUACAGCAGUUACUGUUAAUAGAAAAGGGGUCAUGUUUUACCUUCACUAUGAGGACACAGUUGGAUUUUCAGAAUAGUUUAUCUUUCUGCAAGAAUUGUGUACAGAAUCUCCUGCCAGAAAUGUGGAGCUUUAUCUUAUUUUUUUUUAAAAAAAGUAGGAGCAGAGUGGCAAUCUGACUAGUGUUGCCACUCCUCAGAAAACCCAGCCUGGUAUUAUGAAAUUCUCACAAAUGGAAACAGGUUUGGAGAGUAAAAUACUAAUGGUUUUAUCUCUAGAGCAGAUAACAUAUAAUUUAAAUGAAUUCAACUGUUUUUAAAAAUGUCAAAGUGCAUUUUGGUUUGAACGCAGAAACAAUAUUAAUGCUGAAUGCAACAAGUUAGCAGUAUUGUUUCUGUUAUCUUUUAAGCUGUUAUUAGUUAUUCUGGCCAUAAUUCCAUAAAUCCAGCAAAAUAGUUUCUUCCAAAUCAAAACUGCGUGGUCCAAAAUUGAACCAUAUACAUUGAGAAAAUCCCAAAUGAGAUCUUUAAUCUGUGUUUAAUUAGCUGAUUGCUGGAUUUUUACCAAGGAGAACACUGAAUUCAGCGUAACCGCUCCAAGAUAAGGAAGAGUGAAAUAGGGACAUUACUUUGGGUUAUUUGUAUGGUAACUACCUGCAGGAUAAAAUGUAGAGGAAAAACAAAAUUAGCAUAAAAGAAGCCACUCGGUCUGUCAGAACACACUUCUCUAAAACACCGAUUUCAAUAUUUCCUACUGCUCUGCCCGUUUAUCUUUUUAAUCUAUUUAUUUUCAAAUAAUUAUGCAUGCCAUCAGGAUGCUGAUGGGACUUUCAAAAUCUUAA